AUGGAGAAAUUAGACGAUUUAGAAGAGACUUCUGAUUUGGGAUUUGAGUCAUCAACUAUUUCUUCAUUGGAUCAAGGAGCAGAUAAUUCGUUUGCUUACUAUACAACUUACCUCAGGUUAGAGCUGCAAACAAAAUACACACAAGAAGAGGUGGAAUAUGACUUACAAUUGGUAAUUGAUAAGGUUAAAGAAAAAUUGAGAGACAUAAAGAGCCCUGAAGUAUCUCUAUGGAGUACUCCCUUCUAUGAUAUCAAGUGGAUAAAGAAAAUUCAAAGUGAAAAAGGACUCCCUGUGGAUGGAUUUUUGUCUCUAAAACAAGUCCUCAUUCAGGAGUUGACAUAUUUGGCAACCGCCUUGGCUUUCUCGAGUUUAAAGCAAAUGUAAUUGAAAUGAAAACAUGACAAAAGGUGUGGAAUCCACGAGAUAAUCAAGAAGGAAUUCUUUAUGGUAUUUGACAACAUGGAUUGAAAUUUAUAGAUUUAAUGUAUGUCAAAUGAUUGAAAUUUAUUGAUUUACUUUUAUAGUUGUUGGUUUUAAAAUAUAGAUUUGAUGUAUGUUUAAAAAAUUUAUGUGUUGAAUAUGUAAUUAUUUUUA